GUAAAAAAAGAUAAACUCAUUUCUUCUUGUACACAAAAUCAAAGACCAUAGAGAACAUAUCACAAAAUUGAUAGCCACAGAGACACCAUUUUUCGCAGCAGAAAACCAAUUCACCAGCAAUGACCUCUCAAGCUUCAACCUUCGCCGUCUCUGUUUCCUCCGCCCCAUCCCCUCUCCGUCGCCGCCGCAAUUUCUCCGUCGUACGAGCUCAAGUGGAACCAUCUGAUAAAUCCAUUGAGAUUAUGAGGAAGUUCUCCGAGCAAUAUGCCCGUAAAUCAGGAACCUACUUUUGUUCCGACAAAGGAGUAACUGCUGUUGUUAUCAAGGGUUUGGCCGACCAUAAAGAUUCAUUGGGUGCACCACUCUGCCCUUGCCGGCAUUAUGACGACAAAGCUGCUGAGGCUGCGCAAGGAUUUUGGAAUUGCCCGUGUGUUCCCAUGAGAGAGAGGAAGGAGUGCCAUUGCAUGCUUUUUCUCACUCCCGAUAACGAUUUUGCCGGCAAUGAACAGACUAUCACCUUGGAUGAAAUUAAAGAAUCAACAGAAAAUAUGUAAACACAGAUUAUUGUGUAUCAAUGUGCUUGUAUUAGUUGUUUCAAUCUGUGUAUCUUCUGAAAAACAAGAGAAAGUUGUAACAAUAUGUAGGUAAUAAAUUUCUAUUUACCGAAAAUCACAUGUAAUUUUUUCAUUGACUACUAGCACUAAAAUUAAGGUCUAUUGUAAUCAGUUUCAUAUCUUUACCGAUAUCAGGAAAUUGCGUCGUUAUUGUUAGAUUAA